UUUGAUCAUUUUGAUCCAGUUUCGUUGUUUCAUUGAAGAGUAUUUGCUUUAAAAGGAAAAUCUUUCUAUGAGUGACAUAAGCAACUGUUGCAAUAUAUUACUGGACGAACCCAUUUUCCAUCGCGUGCUCAAGGCAUAUUUCUGAAACGGUGAUAACAGUCAAUCUGUAUGCAACUGUUACGCGUUACCUCGACUAUGUCUUACCAAGGAUCACUAUAUUCGGGGCCGGGGGAUGAGUACGACUUUGAAGACGAUGGGUACGAUGAUUUAGAUGAAUAUAGGGAUCCAGAAGAUUCAUUGCCGCAACUACCAAUGGAUGAUAGUGAUGAAGACACAGAAGAGGCCAGUGAAACAGAUAUACCCAACAAUGAUGAACCACUUGAAAUCAAGGAACAGAUGUACCAAGACAAGCUUGUUAACUUGAAGAAACAGCUACAGCAGCUUGAGGAAAAUAUACAUCCAGAAUUCUUAAGACGGGUGAAAAGGUUGGAGCACCAACUACAUGAGCGUUUACGUCUAAACAGGAUUUACAAAGAUCAUAUGUAUGAAGUUGUGGAGAGAGAAUUUAUAGCGGAACAGAAAGCAGCAGCUAAAGAAUUUGAAGAGAAGAAAAUAGAGUUGAGGGAAAACUUGUUGAAUGAUUUUGAGGAGAAACGGAAAUUGAUUGAAAGUGAGAGACACAGUAUGGAGCUAAACGGAGACUCAAUAGAGGUCAAGCCGCCAAUGAAACGUAUCCUUCGAAGGCGAGCCAACGAGCCGGCGCCGGCGCCCGAGAAGCGUCGCAAGCCGCUGGCCACCACGCUCACGUUCCAGCUGGACGAGCGCGACAUCGACGCCGACCUGCGCGCCAUCUGCCGCGCCUCCCCGCCGCCGCGCCACCCGCCCGCGCACCUCGCGCAGCCCCGCAAACACCUCAACUCCAGCAGCUGUGAGUCACCGGCGCGCGAGGCGAGCGGCGCGGGCGGCGCGGGGGGCGGCGGUGCGAGCGAGGCGGACGCGCGCGUGGAGGACGGCAAGCUGCUGUACGAGCGGCGCUGGUUCCACCGCGGACAGAGCGUGUACGUGGAGGGGCGGGACCUGCCGCGCUUCCCCGCGCACAUACACGCCAUCACCGAUGAGGCGAUAUGGGUGAAGAAAACGAACUUAGAGAGAGUGAGGAUAUACGUGUCUCAGCUGACGCGCGGUAAAGUGACAUUAAAGAGACGUGCAUCGUAACUCAGUGCAUAGUGAACGGUUCUGAUCGUACGUGUGUUUGGUGAGUGACAGGUACAUUGUUAGUACACGCGCUAGAUUUAAUAUUAAGAUGCAUUUUACACGGUUGUACAGUGACAAGAAUUUACCUCACAACGAUUAAAACGAAAUCAUAUGACGGGGACAUGUUGGAAAAAUGAAUUUGUAAUAUUUUAUAUGUUGUCAUAUAAUCUGAACGAAUUUUUAAUUCUUUCUUAUGUUUUCAAUACAUAUUUUGUAAUAUUUGUUUAUUGAAUAGUAAAAUUUAUUAACAUAUUUCAGUUAUCAGUAACGCUCUGUUUUUUUUUUUAUUUUUUUAAAGCUGGAAAAACUCAUUACGCGUUUCCCCCAUGGGAACAGUGGGGGGGGGGGUUUGUGGGGCUCGCCGGUGUCCAAGGAGCCGAGUGCGCCCCGAACAUCGGAAUACCCACUAAAAAUCAGCGGUACCCUUUCCGUCUUAACGAGGAGCGCCACGGGAUCGCUUUUGCAAGCUACCGUGGCGCUCUGACGGCCGGCCUGCCUAUGGGCCUCCAUUCAUUAGGGAGGGUUCCCAGGGUACUGUGAAUCCCUCUAGUCAGUAACACCCUACCGAACAUUGUCAACAACAUAUAUAUUGUACUCGACCUCUUAAAUCAAAGCUCGAAUAAUUAAGCCGAAGUAAUAUUAGUAAUAUCUUUAGAUCAAAUACUCCUAACAUUUUUUUUUAAAUAAAAAGUCUCAAAUCUUUAUUUUAAAAAAAUAUGCCACAGAUUAUAUUAUAUGACACAUGUACAUAUAUAAUUUUUUUAAAGUAUUUUUUUUACAAUAUGUCUCCUAUUAUUUAUUUUGGUAACUAAACACAUUCGCGUAUAUAAGGUAUUUUCUUUAAUAAAUUAUGAAUUAUAUAUAUUUAUUCACUGACUAUAUAAGGUAAAGACACAUUUGUGCAUAUUAUUUUUAUUUUAGCAUAUACAUUGAACAAUGUACUAAAUAUUUGUGAUGUAUAUGUAAAUAGUAUAUAAUAUUCAUAAUGGAAUAUAUAUUGUUUUAUUUACACACGCAAUAUUAUACAUAGAAAUAUAUAUGAUAUGAAUAUACUAAAUAUUAUUAUUGUUAUGAACUGUUCCGUUCUUACUUAAGUUAUAUAUAGAGGUAUGCAUGUACUCGUCAUCACAAUGAAAAUUAUUGUCUCGAAUGAUUAGUAAUAAUAUGAUAACACUUAAGAUUUAUUAUAUAUUUUAAUAAAACAAUUACUUGUAUUAAUUCACCAAAACAUGAUGAUAAGAUGUAACCUAGAGUUGAUAAAUUUAUAAACCUUGUUUGUCUUGAAGAUCGCUUGUGAGAUUUAAAUCCAGUAUGGCCCAAGAACUUAAUAAGCCAUUUUUAGCUAGGCCUAUAGUAUUCUCUCAACGGACUUAAUAAUGUACAUAAGGUAUAUAAUAUCUUAGUUCCCAAGGUUGGUGGCGCAUUGGUGAUGUAAGCGAUGGUUAACAUUCCUUACAUUGCCAAUGUCUAUGGGCGUUGUUGACCACAUACCAUCAGGUAGCCUAUUUGCUCGUCCGCUUACCAAUAAUAUUAAAAAAGAGAAAAGGAAUACUGUCAGUGUUUAUAAAAGCACUGUACAUAGGUACAGUGUAGGUAUAUAUAGAUAUAUCUCGCUGUGAAUAUACAAUGUGGACAAUUUAAUAUAUAAAAAGCAUCUAUUAAGUUGAGGAUUCUGGGUAUCGAUAUGGAUUAUAUUCUUAAAAUGUUGUAACAACUCUAUAUUAUGUAUUAUCAACAGUUUUAGGUAGCAAUAACUACUUUUAUUGGGAAUAAACUCAGUGAUAGCGUUUAAGUAAACGUUCGUUUUAUUUUUGUAAGAACGUCAUUGCUAAUAUUGAUAAUAUGAAGUCCAAAAUUAAGUAUUUUAUUAUUGAUUUAUGUACAAAUGAAAUGUUAACUUCUAACAAUGAGUUCCAUGUUUUUUUUUUCCAUGUAUGUUCCAUGUAAUUUUUAAUUUAAAUAACUCGCGUUUGUCGGGCUACUAUCGCGCUUUUUUUUCAUUCAAUUAUUAAUUAAUAAGCGUUAGGUUUUAUGUUUAGAUUUAAAAUUGUGAGCGUUUUGGGCAACUGUGUCGCAAUUUCAGUGUUUCAGUUACAUUAUAAAUAUGUAAUUUAUGUACUUAUUAAAAUAUGUAUGUAUAUAGUGUUGUACACACUUGAGCUUAACACUAGAUGUGAUUGUUAUGUGUCUUUACCCUAAUUCACAGUAUUUAUUGUAAAUAUUGUAAAUAAAUAUUGUAACAUAUCGAUCAAGUGACGCGUACUGUACAUGUUGUGAAUUUGUAUGGCGCCUUUAUUUUUUAUUAUUAAUUUUUGUGAUUUAAUUAUUAUGUGUAAAUGAGUUGUGAUUGUAAAUAUGAGAUGAUAUGAAUGUUUUUAUUGUCUUAGAUUAUAUUUGAGAACAAGGUCUUUUAAUUAUAUGAAUUACAACAGAUA